AUGGAAAGGAGAAAUGUGAGCUUUCCCAACACUUUUGUCCUGCUGGGCUUCUCAGAGUUUCCCUGGCUGGAGAGGCCCCUCUCUGCAGUGGUCCUGGUCUCCUACCUCCUCACCCUGGUAGGCAACAGCUCCAUCAUCCUCCUCUCCCUGGUGGACCCCAGACUCCAGACACCCAUGUAUUUCUUCCUGGACAACCUCUCUCUGCUGGACCUCAGUGUAACCUGUGCUAUUGUGCCCCAGCUGUUGGCCAAACUGUGGGGACCAGACGAGACCAUUGCUGCUUGGGGAUGCAUCAUACAAGCCUAUGUUUUCAGUUGGGCAGCUUGCACUGAAUGCAUCCUGCUGGCCAUGAUGGCCAUUGAUCGCUAUGUGGCCAUCUGCAGGCCCCUCCAGUACACUCUCAUCAUGCGUCCCUGGGUCUGUGUGCAGAUGGCAGCUGUCUCCUGGUCCAGUCGCCUGGCCAAUGCUCUGCUACAGACAACACUCACCCUCCAGCUCCCCCUCUGUGGGCAUCACACCCUGGACCACUUCUUCUGUGAGGUGCCUGUGCUCAUCAAGCUGGCCUGUGGGGACACCUCUGCUAAUGAGCUAAUACUGGCUAUUGGAGCCAUUCCUUUUUCAGGGGUGGCUCCGUUGCUGGUGGUCAUCUCCUACACCCUCAUUUGUAGGGCUGUACUGAAAUUGCCUUCAUUUGAAGGACGGCUCAAGGCACUCAGCACCUGCAGUUCCCACUUGCUGGUAGUUACCAUGUACUUUGGUCCUGCCAUCUAUGUGUACCUACAACCUCCGGAAAAUCACACUCAGGCCAAGUUCAUGUCCUUCUUCUACUGUGUUAUCACCCCUGUGCUCAACCCACUCAUUUACACUCUGAGAAACAAGGAUGUGAAGAUGGCGUGGAAGAGGAUUCUGCAAUCUCAGUGA